UCCAGUGUGACAGCGGCGGCUGAGGCGCUCGCAGCCCGAGCCCGCGGUGAAGGGAAGGGGGCGGCGGCGGCUCGGCGGGGAGGAAGUACUGAAGGAGGAAGCCGAGGCGGCCGACGGGCACGGGCCGACGGGCGCACGCUGCGUCCUCGAGGAGAGCGAGAGCGGCGGUCCGAGCGAGGCCCCGGCCCGCGUGCGAGGACGAGCCGCUGCCCGGCGCCUGGGCCCGUGCUGCGGCUGAGGAACCGCCCCCUACGCGCCGGGAGGAGCGGCGUGUGAGCGCCUCGGCCUCGGCCCCGGCCCCGGCCCGCCCCAGCGUGCGGAGCCGCCGCCCCUGCGGCCCGGCCCCGACUCCGGCCCCGGCCGCGUGUGAGGGAGGCAGGCAGGCCAGCGGCCCCCGCCCCCGCCAUGAGCCACAUCGAGAUCCCGCCCGGGCUCACGGAGCUCCUGCAGGGCUACACGGUGGAGGUGCUGAGGAACCACCCCGAUGACCUGGUGGACUUCGCCGUGGACUAUUUCACCCGCCUCAGGAACAGCCGCGGCCUCAGCGUAGACGGCGAGAAGGGCGAGGGGAAAGGCAACGAGGACGAGGAAGACGAAGACUUUGAACCACCGGUUAUUAACAGAUACUGCAGAAGAGUGUCAGUAUGUGCUGAAUCUUUCAAUCCAGAUGACGAAGAUGAUAUAGAGCCAAAGGUGGUUCAUCCCAAGUCUGAUGAACAGAGAUCCAGACUUCAGGAAGCUUGCAAAGAUAUCCUUCUCUUCAAAAAUCUUGAUCAGGAGCAGUUGUCUGAGGUCCUUGAUGCCAUGUUUGAGAGGACUGUGGUGUCUGAAGAACAUGUCAUUGACCAAGGGGAUGAUGGUGAUAAUUUUUAUGUCAUUGAACGAGGCUCAUAUGACAUUUUGGUAACGAAAGAUAAUCAAAGUAACCGUGUUGGCCAGUAUGAUAAUCGUGGCAGUUUUGGAGAACUCGCCUUGAUGUACAACACUCCCAGAGCUGCUACCAUAGUUGCCACAACAGAAGGUUCCUUGUGGGGUCUGGACCGAAUAACAUUCAGAAGAAUCAUAUUGAAAAACAAUGCAAAGAAGAGGAAAAUGUUUGAAUCAUUUAUUGAAUCUGUGCCCCUACUGAAAUCCCUAGAGGUCUCAGAGAGAAUGAAGAUUGUGGAUGUAAUAGGUGAGAAGAACUAUAAAGAUGGAGAACGAAUUAUUGCUCAGGGUGAGAAAGCAGAGAGCUUUUAUAUUGUGGAGUCUGGAGAAGUGAAAAUAAUGAUUAAAAGCAAGACAAAUAAGGACACAGAGGAUGAAGUGGAAAUCGCCCGGUGUCAAAAAGGACAGUAUUUUGGAGAGCUUGCUCUUGUCACCAACAAACCCAGAGCAGCUUCUGCUUAUGCAGUUGGAGAUGUCAAAUGCUUAGUUAUGGAUGUCCAGGCAUUUGAGAGGCUGCUUGGACCCUGCAUGGACAUUAUGAAGAGGAAUAUUUCCAAUUAUGAAGAGCAGCUGGUGAAAAUGUUUGGUUCAAGCAUGGACCUGAAAGAUCCAGGAAUUUAAGGCACAGCAUCUCCCUUCUCCCCCGUGCCUUCUCAGUUUGACACAGAAACUCCUCCUGUCAACAACACAACACAUAAGGAAAACAGACACUACAGAACAGUUCCUGCCAUUGCUGCUGCUGCUGUCGUCUUGGGCAUUUUAGAAAACAUGUCUCAGCAUAUUUGGAUGGGUAGAGGCUGAAUCUAUGCCUCCACUUUGCUACAGAAAUUCCAUUUAUUAGACUUAAUUUCGUAAUGUUUCUAACCCAUUUUUCACACCUUUGGUUCAGAAUGGCAUGUCUCCAGCAAUUUAAGUGCCUGAUAAAAGUCCAAAGUGUAAAAUCCUCUUUUUUUCCCUCUUGCUGCUGCUACAGCUAUUGGCUAUUCUUUUUUUUUUUUUAAACAAGGCUGCAGAAACUGGUUCUGUCCCCAUUUUCCCAGGGAAAAAAGAUUUACAGCCUCUGAUCUCUUACUUUGUUGUUACCUCUGAGAAUGUCAAAAUCUGCUCUGAAUUGUAGCUUUUAGAUUUGAAAUUUAAAAUUACCUGGGUAUUUUUAACUCUUUAGCGCAUUAUGGUACUGUGAUGUCUGUGCUAUCUACUGAAAGCUACACAUGUUACAGGUGAUCUCAAGGCAUUUGGAGAGUCUUUGAAGAGAGUACAAUGCUGAAACAUAGGUCAUAGUCACAGGUCAUUCAUCAGUAAGUCUUUAAGGAGGAAGUAAGGAAGAGAAAAGGGACAAUCUGAGAGUUUGUUAUUUCAGCCCUCUGUGGAUGACAGAGCCAAUUAAAAAGAAAAGUUUCUCUGUGCAGUUAAUGACCGAAUUGUCAUCCAUUUAGAACAAAGGGUUGGAGGUGUCAUAGCUUUUAACUUCCUAAAAAACUUCUCUAUUAAGCUGCUGCCACCUUUUUCUUUCCAGUUGUCCACAUCGGCAGGUGGCAGUAAUACUGCUGAGAAGUUGAUGUAUUCCUUCUGCAAAGAGAGCCCUUUCUGUUGUUCAGAGAUAUCCUGUAGUUUUGCUGUUGAAUGAUCAGUUUUAAAAAUCUUUUUAAAGAGGAAAGUUAUUUUUUUGUAACUUAAAAGUAAAAAAUAUUUCUGGACUCAAGGGAGUUCCCUUUAAUUGUAUUUCUUUUGCAAUGUUCUCUCACUCAACUAGACAUUCCCAGAUGUCAACUGUAUUUGUUAAAGUUUUCAAAAAGUUGACAACAUUUACUAUUUCAAGGAAUUUAAAAAAAAAUACUUUGUAAUUGGGGAGUUCAAAAUGUCUGGUGUUCUAGUUUUCUUUUUUUGGGAGGUAAUUUAGUUUGUGUUUGAAGAGAACACCUCUUUAACCUUUAAUACAUAUCAAGUACAAUUUUGAGUUCCCUUGACUGUUUGACAUGCUUUGCAAUAAGAUUUUUUCCACCAGAGUGAUUGAGAAUCUCUCCUAAGGGGAUCACAGAAGCAGCACACAAUUUCAUAAGGAUUAUUAAAUUUAUAGCAGGGUAAUAGUAGAGGCUCUUCCCAUUUUCCAUUUUCUUUUGAGUUGUAUGAUUCACUGGGACCUGCCCAAGUGAUUAUGUACCUGGGGUUGUAUAAUUCUCAUUGUGGAUGAUGAUGCUAAUAGAGCUGACCUAAUCAUUUACCUUUCAUCACCAGGUGAGCCAGUGCUCUGUCAUGGGCAUAUGGCCAGUAUGGCUUACACCUGUGAAAAGCAUGACAGCAUGUACUUACCCCACACACACAUACGACGACAAACUUUCAGCCAGCAGCAAUCCUGAUUCAUUCAUCUUAAGGUGUUUUUUGUUUGUUUCUUUGGGUUACAUGAAUUGGAAGCAGAUUGAGUUGAAUCUUUACUAAGGGCACUGUGUUAGCUCACAGCAUGGUUUUCAUAAUUGUGAUCUGAUUUAUGAUUCAUGCUGAUAAAACAGGGAUAUAGCAUUGUUCAAAACCAUUUCAUGUUUUGAUGUUUUCCUGACUCCAUUCUUUUCUGCAGUGUCUGUUUUGUAUCAGAUGAAUCCAGAAAGCAACAGAAAUGUCAUUAAUGUUUCCAAGGUUUUGCACCUUUUUUCUAAUUUUUGGAUCUUGAAUUUUAAAUGGCAUGAACAACAAUAGUUCUUUGCCACAGGUAGCUGGGUUAUUUGGCUAUUUAAAUAAAUGAACUUGGUCUUUUAAAAGUAAUAGAGAAAAGGUGCUUUAAGAGACUAGAUAUAUGUGUAUUGUCAGAGCAGACCUAAUGUUGAUUUCCAAAAUAAAAGCCAAAAUGAGGUGCUGUUUGUUAACCAUGCAUCUAUAUCACUUAGACUGUCUAGCAAACUGCAUGCUAGGGAUAGAUGUGGAUUAUGUCCAAAAAAAAAAGUUUUAAGCCUUUCAUUCAUAGUCUAAAUCUGUUCUAUAAAAUCUCUUCCCAGUACCCCAGUCUUACUCACAUAGUUGUGCUGUAUGACUGUGGAACCCAACAGAUUUCAGGCCUUUUUUGUUGGUCUCAGUUGUUCUAAUUUAAAACAACAUAUGGCUCAGAAGACCAGAUCUCUCUGUUUUUAUGAACAAUUGUGGGCCUGUAGUUGAGCUUCAAGAGUGAGUAAACAGGGAUGUACAUAAAAGAAUGAAGGGGAAGAAUAGCAGCCAAGCUGGAUUUUUGAAAAUGGGGGGUUCUGAGGAUGUAUCUUUUUGCAGCGGGGAAAAGUCAAGUUAAGCAAACCAAACAGUGUUGUUUUCUAAGUCACACUGGUACAUGAAAAUGACAGUGACACUGUGGUAGAACUCAGUGAUAUCUCCUGUGUUUGGUGAGGGCUGCAGGUAGCCAGUAUGGAACAAAAGGAAGCUCCACCUUAGCUGGUUCUUGUUAGCCCUUUUAUCUUCUACUCUCCCUUGGGAGAAGGCUGAUUCAAGCAAUUCUUUCCAGGCCUUGCCAUUUCCUUUGCACUGAGGGGAGAAGGGGCUUGAUUACUUGGAAAUUUGGUUAGCAGUAUUGAUAUACAUCUUCUGAGCCCAAUUUUAUUCCAAUGACUUUGACUCUUCUUUUAAGUCUCUGAAGGAUGAAUUUGUGUGGUUUUGUUUUCUGGAUUGAUGUUGCUCUGUGUUCUGUUUUUUAAAAAAAGGCAAAAACUAAAAACCCAACUGCUGUGGAUCCUUGGAGAUGAUUGUGAAGAGAGCUCUGCAUUUGAGCAUGUUAAUAAAAGAACCCAGCAGUAAAAUGGGCAAGAGACAGUGUCCUUGAGACUAAAAGAAACAAUUUGUCCUGCUGAUGCUCUGCUUGUGAUUUUUGUGAAGUCAGUGAGAAGAGCUUUUCUUGGUCGGCAGUGUCCUUGGCUUAUGAUAUUUCUGUUUGAUGUCCCAGCCCAGGCUUUUCAUAAUGUAUUUAAAAAAAAAUGAAUCCUGUCUCUUUUUUUUUAAAAAGUGCAUUCUGCCCUGAGAAAAAGGAAAAAGAAAAAAAAAACAACCUUUGAAGUGACAUCCUUCAUACUUUGUUUUCAGUUAGUUGAUGUUGUCAUUUUUGUUCUUAAAUUGUAUUUGUAACCAGCCUUGCCAAAAUAGAAAUUGUUUUGGUUUUUUUCACUCCACUUACCUAUUGUUGUUCUUGCAGUUAUUACUGCUUAUGGUCUUCAGUCAAGUCAGUCAUCUGUUGUACAGUCAGAGACCCUCCUGUUUGUUUUAAUACCGUACAGGAUUGUGUCUGUACUAUAAAGAUAGAAGAGGAAAAUUUCACUAACCUCAUGGGAGACUUCCUUAACUCCAUUUAGCCUGAUUCUGGCUAAAAAUGGGUAACUAGGGUUUCUUCCUCCAUUCACAGUAAUAAAAAACAAAACAAAAAAAAUCUAAUUCAGCAUAAUUAUGCUACCUCAAGGCUAGAAGUGCUUUAAGGGUAUUUCACCUGAGUUCUAAACAUGACAUCAAAAGUGUCGCAUUGGAUUUGUGAGAAUCCCCACCCAAAGUAAUUUAAAGGAGGGACCCCUUAUUUUGGCCCAUUAUAAAAUAGUAUUUGACUCUAAAUAAGAAGAGUUGUUCUAUAGUAUUCAACAUAUAAAUGACCAUUUUUAAAGAGUCACCGUCUACCACAAACAAGCUUUGGGUUUUAAAAGGGAAAGAACUCACCGUCUCGGGUUUGCUUCAUCUUUGAUUAAUAAAUGCUGACAUGUUGUGUCAAA